GCCUUUUACAAGACUGCGAAUGGUGAUACGCAGCACAAUGCUGUUGAUGAAAUUCAAAUGUAUUAUGAUUGUAGAUACAUUUCUCCCUGCGAAGCUGCCUGGAGGGUGUAUGGAUUUGAGAUUCAAUACAAAAACCCGCCUGUUGAGCGAUUGAGCUUUCAUUUGCCCAAUGAGCAAUCUGUAGUUUUUAAUGAUGACCAGCCACUAGACUUGGUUGUUAAUACCACGUCUGUUAGGGAUAGCAUGUUCACUGCAUGGAUGGAGGCCAAUAAAACAUAUCCCGAGGCCAGAUCAUUGACGUAUGCUGAGUUUCCCCAAAAAUUUGUUUGGAACAAAAAAAAGAGGGAAUGGACUCCUAGAAAAAAGGCAUUCGCUAUUGGUAGAAUUUAUUAUGUCCAUCCUGGGAGUGGUGAAUCUUAUUAUCUCAGAUGCCUGUUGAAUCACAUUCGUGGUGCAAUGUGUCACGAAGAUCUCCGAACGGUUGCUGGUGUAAUAUAUGUUUCAUUUCGUGAAGCGUGUUAUGCCUUGGGGUUACUGGAUGAUGACAAGGAAUUCAUUGAUGCUUUCAAGGAAGCAAGCUUUUUCUCUUCAGGUUUUUACAUGAGAAUUUUAUUUGUUAUUCUUUUGUGGACGGAGUCAAUGUCUAGGCCCGAAUCUGUAUGGCAACAUUGCUGGAGGUACAUGGCGGAUGACAUACAACACACACGAAGACGAUUGUUGCAACAUCCAGAAUUGAUUCUUUCGGAUGACCAAUUGGAGAAAUUGGCUUUGGCUGAAUUAGAGAAAUUGUUGCGGGGUCGUGGAAAGAGUCUGCGAGAUUACCCUCCGAUGCCAACGGUUACGAUGGAUUCCAUGCUUUCUUCCAAUGACAGAAUGAUAUACGAAGAGCUUAGCUAUGACCGCAGCGCAAUGACUGAGGAACACGCAAAAUUGGUUGGUUCCCUGACGGAUGAACAAAAGUCUGUAUAUGAAACGAUAAUGCAUUCCGUGGAAGAGGAGGUAGGAGGUGUUUUCUUUGUGUACGGGUAUGGUGGAUCUGGAAAAACAUUUGUUUGGAGGACACUUUCUGCCGCCCUUAGGUCUAAGGGUGAGAUCGUGCUUAAUGUCGCAUCGAGUGGGAUUGCCUCCCUGCUACUACCUGGUGGACGUACUGCACAUUCUCGAUUUGCAAUCCCAAUUAGUUUGAAUGAAGACUCCACCUGUAAUAUUAAGCAAGGGAGUCCUCUUGCUAGACUUAUUGUAC